ACUUGCUUGUCAACAAAUUAAACUUACCUCCCCUCUUCCCCAAAGCCUUGAGGUUGAGGGGUCUCAAUUUUUUAUUGCAAUACAAAAUUAGGCAAAGUCGAAAAAUCUGCAGAAAAAAAUGAAUGAUUAGAAAAUCUGCGGGCAAACCCAUUGGUCAAUUUUUCGACCAGCAAUGGCCAUAGCUCCGGCAAUCCUCCGGCCAACUCUCCUCUUAUUCUCCACCUUCUUCGUUGUCUUUCGUUUGGUAAAUUCAAUGUCAGAAGUUCAAGCUUUGGUUAAUUUUAAAGCAUCAUUGUCCGAUCCUCAAGCUCUGAAAAGUUGGGUGGUUAACUCUGUACCUUGCAAAGAAGGGGAAGAAUGGGAUGGGGUUAUCUGCAGCGAUGGAUUCAUCUCUGGCAUUCGCUUAGAAGGAAUGGGGUUGUCAGGGAAGAUCGAUGUAAAUCCAUUGCUGGAACUUAAAGGUCUUCGAACUUUCAGCAUUAUGAACAAUUCUUUUUCAGGUGCAAUUCCGGAAAUCAAUCGAAUAGGUUUCUUGAGAGCUUUGUACUUGUCGGGAAAUCAAUUUUCUGGCGAGAUUCCGUCAGAUUUCUUCCAGAAAAUGAGGUCUCUGAAGAAACUAUGGCUUAACGAUAAUAACUUUACGGGUCAGAUUCCGUCGCAGAUUCCUCUACUCCUCGAGCUACACCUCGAGAACAAUCAGUUUAGCGGUAACCUCCCGAAUCUGAGUAAAACAUUGUUGAUAGAAUUCGAUGUGUCCAACAACAAACUGGAAGGCGAAAUCCCGUCGAGCUUAACACAAUUUAGUGCGAGCUCAUUUUCUGGGAAUCCUGGCCUCUGCGGCGAGAAAUUAAACAAAGCGUGUCAAAAUUCAGUUGAGCCGCCAAAAUCCGUGGAAAAUACGGAACAAAAUGAAGACAGCGAUGCCGAUGACUCUGAUUCAAAUUCUGGAAGUAAGAGUAGUAACAAAGUGAUGAUUGCCGCUGGUGUUGUUGCAUCAAUUGUAGUGUUUCUAAUACUUCUAGCUCUACUUUUCGUUCGAUCAAGGCGAAAGAAGAAGGAGAAGGGAAUACAGGGCUCGGUUAGAUCAGGGAACAACAACGAAGAAUCAUCAGCAUCAGUAGAAGUUCAGGUUGCUGCACCAGAGAAGAAGGAAGAGACAAGUAUAUCCAGAAAAUCAAGUCGGAAUGGUUCCAGCAGAAGGGGGACCGGCAAGGGUGGCGGCAACUGCGGCGUCGGAGAGCUUGUGAUGGUGAAUAGUGAAACUUGUGUGUUUGGGAUGCUGGAUUUGAUGAAGGCAGCAGCAGAAGUUUUGGGGAGUGGAGGGUUUGGGUCAUCCUAUAAAGCAGUGAUGGCUGAUGGGGUUGCAGUGGUGGUGAAGAGGAUGAGGGAGAUGAAUGUGUUGACGAAAGAUGGGUUUGAUGCAGAGAUGAAGAAGCUUGGGAGUUUAAGACAUAGGAAUAUCUUGACUCCUUUGGCUUAUCAUUACAGGAAGGAUGAGAAAUUGCUGGUUUCUGAGUAUGUUCCUAAAGGGAGUCUGCAAUAUUUGUUGCACGGUGAUCGUGGACCAUCCCACGCUGAACUGGACUGGCCUACUAGUUUUAAGAUUGUGCGAGGGAUUGUUGAUGGGAUGCUUUAUCUUAAUACACAACUUGCUUCCUCUGUUUUACCCCAUGGCAAUCUCAAGUCCAGUAAUAUUCUCCUUGGUCCUGAUUACGAGCCGAUGCUGGUUGAUUUUGGGUUAUGCUCCUUGAUCAACCCUACCAAUCUAAGCCAAGCCCUAUUUGCUUACAAGACUCCUGAAGCCUUACAGAAAGGCCAAGUUUCUCCCAAAUCUGACGUUUAUUGUCUGGGAGUUGUCAUUCUUGAGAUCCUCUCUGGGAAAUUUCCUUCCCAAUAUCUCAACAAUGGCAACGGCGGAAUUGAUGUAGUUCAGUGGGCUAACUCAGCCAUAUCUGACGGAAGGGUAUUAGAGAUGCUUGAUCCUCAACUUGCUAGCUCUAAAAGCUCUAUUGGUCAGAUGGAGAGACUCCUCAAUAUUGGUGUUGCUUGUACUGCAAGUAACCCCGAGCAGCGACCACACAUGACAGAAGCAUUGAGAAGGAUAGAGGAAAUACAAACGAAAGGUGCCCAGGAAUCAGGCUCAAAAGGUCAAGAUGAUUGGUCCCAGAGAAGUUUUGGAUCAAGCAGCGUUGGAAGCCAAUCGGGCCACCGGCACACUGAUAGUCUUGAUUUUGCCAUUUCCUAAAUCUCUUCACGACCCAAGAUAUGUGUACAUAAUUAGGCACUCGAUACAUCUCUUUGAACUCACAACGGCUAAUAGUAUAACUUUUGUAAAAACGCAUACAAAUUUUUA